AGGCCUUUUCGUUAGUCGCGUUGCGUAGUUUGCCGUGUGUAAAUCGCAUACCGAAGUCAGACUCUAUUAAUUUCACUAGCAAAGCAUGUGAUAAUAAAAAAAACAUAAAAGCAUUUGAAAGUAAUACAAAAAAUAUACAAAAGCAUAAAAAUGAGCCAGGCUAAUGAUAUAGCCCCUGCUCCGCCCACGCCGCAGGAUUUUAAGGCUCCUGUAUUUCAGGAUGAUAAACUAGUGCUGUAUUUUCAUCCCUAUAACUUCUACUCGCAAAAAGUACUGCUAGUGCUCUAUGAGAAGAACAUUGAGUUCACGCCAUAUAUUGUGGAUCUGUGCAAUGGAGAGCAGUAUGCCAACUGGUUUUUAAAUCUUAAUCCCAAGGGAGAUGUCCCCGUGCUGCAAGAUGGUGCCUUUAUUAUACCAAACUCCCUGCAGAUCAUCAACUAUGUCGAGACAAAAUAUCGCGGAGCCAAGCAUCCACUACUGAAGCCUUAUAGCCCAGACUCACUGGAGUAUGAACAGAUGAUGGUGUUUGAGCGUGCAUUGACUCGCCUGCCCAUAGGUGCCCUGAGCCUGGGCUCCUUUCUACACGACGACCUCAAGCUGACGCCCAAGGCGCCAUUCAUAGGUCCAGUACGCCAGUCCUGCCUCAAAAACAAUGACAAAGUGCUGGAGUUGCUGCGUCGCUCCUUGGAGGAAGUUGAUGCCAGCAAGGUUGCGCUGCAGCAAAAGUUACAACUGCAGCUGCAACGUCGCGAUUUGGUCGCUUCACGCGAAAAAUUUCAGCGUGUACUAGAUGCAGUGCGUCAAGUGCUGCUCUAUGUGGAGCAGGAGCUAACACGUCAGACGCCGCGUCGGCAAUGGCUAACCGGCGAUGAGCUGACCCUGGCUGAUAUCAGCUUGGGACUAUUGCUGCAGCGGCUCUAUCAACUGGGCUUUGAGCACUACUACUGGAGCUUUGGAAAGCUGCCACUGCUGGAAAGCUACUUUCUGCGCUUCAAGCAGCGUGAGGCUUAUCUGAAGGUAAUGCCUUCUAGUAGCUUCGAGAUACUCCGAGAGAUGUGGAGUAUGACGCCAACCAACUACAAGCUGGGCGCAACCGCCGGCGUCUUGGGUAUGGCCAUGUUUGCUGCCUUUGCGCACAAGUAGUUAAGGGUAAAUGUUUAGUAGCAGCAACUACUCAGCAAAAGUAGUACAUUUUCAACAUUGUAAUUCAACAUAAUAAAUUUUUCAAAGUCUUUGGUAAAGUAGUUCCUUAUACUAAACAUAUGCCCAAGUAUACACUAUUUCCCGAGAG